AUGUCUUCCUCCUUUCAUUGCCUCUUCCUCCUUUCCUUGCCCCUUCCUCCUUUCCUUACCUCUUCCUCCUUUCCUUAUCUCUUCCUCCUUCCUUACUUACCUCUUCCUCCUUUCCUUACCUCUUCCUCCUUUCCUUCACUUCCCCCUUUCCUUACAUCUCUCCUCCUUUCUUUACCUCUUCCUCCUUUCCUUACCACUUCCCCUUUCCUUAUCUCUCUUCCUCCUUUCAUAUCUCUUCCUCCUUUCCUUCACUUCCCCUUUUCCUUAUCUCUUCCUCCUUUCCUAACAUCUUCCACCUUUCCUUACCUCUUCCUCCUUUCCUUAUCUCUUUCUCCCUUCCUUACCUCUUCCUCCUUUCCUUACCUCUUCCUCCUUUCCUUACCACUUCCCCCUUUCCUUAUCUCUUCCUCCUUUACUUAUCUCUUCCUCAUUUCCUUACCACUUCCCCCUUUCCUUAUCUCUUCCUCCUUUCCUAACAUCUUCCUCCUUUCCUUAUGUCUUUCUCCCUUCCUUACAUCUUCCUCCUUUCCUUACGUCUUCCUCCUUUCCUUAACACUACCCCCUUUCCUUAUCUCUUCCUCCUUUCCUUACCUCUUCCUCCUUUCCUUACCACUUCCCCCUUUCCUUAUCUCUUCCUCCUUUCCUAACAUCUUCCACGUUUCCUUACCUCUUCCUCCUUUCCUUAUCUCUUUCUCCCUUCCUUAA